GCGCCGCCAGACUCGAUCAAUCGCUCGAUGUUCUUUUUUGUCUGCAGUUUGGGUGAGCCAGCUAGCUGCUAAGCGUUAGCCGAGCCGAGCCGAGCCGAGGGUCAACGCGGGAGACGUUCCGUCCGUUCUGCGCGACUCCUCCUCGGCCGGCAAGCGGACAGCAUGCGGCGUCUCCCCGGGUCCGCUGGCGGCGAUGUCUGCGGCGGCUUCCAGCCGCUGCUGGCCGCCCUGCUGGCCCUCUCCUCGGCCUCCGCGUCCGCGUCCGCUCAUGUGGAUGGAACUCCGCCCUCCAAAAUAGCGGUGGUGGGCGCCGGCAUCGGGGGCAGCGCCGCGGCCCACUUCCUGCGCCAGCACUUCGGGGCCGACGUGCAGCUGGACGUGUACGAGAAGGGCGAGGUGGGCGGCCGCUUGGCCACCGUCACCGUCAACCGCGACCGGUACGAGUCGGGCGGAGCCGUCGUUCACUCGCUCAACCUGCACAUGCGGGACUUUGUCAAGCAGCUGGGCUUGAAGUACCGCCGCGGCGUGGCGGGCAAGACGGCGGUGUUCGACGGCGCCGAGGUGAUCCUGGGGGAGACGGACUGGUACCUGCUGGACCUUUUCCGCCUGUGGUGGCGCUACGGCAUCAGCUUCAUCCGCCUGCAGAUGUGGGUGGAGGAGAUCAUGGAGAAGUUCGUCAGGAUCUACAAGUACCAGGCCCACGGUUACGCCUUCAGCUCGGCGGAGGAUCUCCUGGACUCGCUGGGCGGGAGCGGCUUCCUGAACAUGACGCGCAGGCCGCUCUCCGAUUCGCUGCUGGAGCUGGGCGUGUCACAGCGCUUCAUCGACGAGGUCGUGGCGCCCGUCAUCAGGCUCGACUACGGCCAGAACGUCAGCAUACCCGCUUUCGUGGGCGCGGUGUCUUUGGCGAGCGCCCAUUCCAACCUUUGGGCGGUGGAAGGCGGAAACAAGUUGGUUUGCGAGGGGCUGCUGAAGAUGGCCAAUGCCAACCUGGUGCCCGCGCGGGUCACCUCUGUGCGACCGCUCCGCUCUGCAGGCGGCGCGCUUCAGUACCAGCUGAGCGUGGCCGGAGAGGCGGCGGGGCCGGCGUACGACGCGGUGGUGCUGGCGGCGCCGCUGCGGGCCGGCUCGGGCGUCUCCUUCCGAGGCUUCGCGCCGCCUGUGGAGCCGGCGGAGGACGACGACCGCGGCACGGUGGCCACCGUGGUGCACGGCUACCUCAACACCUCGCUGUUCGGCUUCCCGGACCCGCGCCUCUUCCCGUACGCCGGCGUGCUGACCACCGACGCGCCGGCGCUGUUCUUCAACAGCGUGGCCGCCAUUUAUCCCGUCAACGUGUCGCUGGGCUUCCGCCGCAAACGGGCGCACGAGGCCGCCGUCUACAAAGUCUUCUCGCCCGAAGUGCUGACCAGGGAGCAGCUGAAGACGCUCUUCAGGUCGUACUACUCGGCGCAGGCGACGGAGCAGCGGGCGUACCCUCGCUACGGCGACGCGGCGCCGCCCCCGGUGGAGCUGCGGCCGCACCUCUACUACCUGAACGGCGUGGAGCGGGCGGGCGGUGCCGUGGAGAUGAGCGCCGUGGCCGCCAAGAACGUCGCCCUGCUCGCUUACCACCGCUGGAACGGGCGCACCCUCCAAGUGGACCGCAAGGACCUCAUGCACAAGAUCAAGACUGAACUUUGACCUCCUUGGAGGCCUCGCAGCGCGAAGCUCUCGCGCUGAAAGUUCGGACGCCGCCGGGCUCGUCCGGCUUCGGAAAGUACGGGUUGGUCUUAUUCCAUCACGGACGUGUGUUCGGCUUACGGACACGGCAGGGCGGGCAGAGUACGCGGCUCACCGCGCAUUUUCGUGACCGAGUCCUGCCAAAUAUUCAUGGCAGAAUUUGGCCCCUUUUCCUCGAUUUUGGGCUUUUAUUAGGCUUUUUUCAUUGUUUAUUUCAUCUAAUAAUUGCUUACUUGGGUUUGCCCCACUAGCUUAGUGUCGGUUUCUGUUUUUUUUUUAAAUGUUAUUUUAUUUUUUUUUAAUAAAGAAGAUUUCCAAAGUAAUGAGCUCCUUUUAUCAAUGUCAGCAGGUAGUUGAGUUUUAAAAGUAAAAAGUCGCCAGAAAAAUAAAUACUCAAGUAAAGCACAGAUAGCUGAACAAUCUACUUCAUUACAGUAAUCAAGUACAAGUACUUUGUGACUUUCCACCGCUGGUAAAUGGAUGUAUGCUACAUCCAUCAAUGUGUGCGCGUGCGUGUCCAGUGAAGAGCACGUCCGCCGUCUCCACAUUUGUCAGCUUUGAAAAUGUCAAAAGAGCAAGAACAUCACGAAUGUUUGCGUAUUUCCUGCUGCACGUUUCAUCGCUAACGUUGCCCGGCGGCAAAGUCACCCUUUGAUUGGCUGCUGCGCCACAAGCGGGAAGUCCAAACACGGGAGGGGGCCUGCUCCUCCUUCCGUCAGCUGAAUUUCAUUCGCUCGCUUUGGGAGGCCGCCUCAUUCCGCGUAUUAUUUAUGAUGACCGCCUCGUUACCUUUGACCUUUCCGGCCGUUACAUGCCCCUCUGAUUGCAAGCAGCCCUAAAGACCUCCCGGCUUGCACGCUUGGGGAAAAAACAAUCUUAAUUAAGGGGGGGCAGGCUGCCCGGAACAGCUGCUGAAAUUCUCCUGUAAUUGCCCCCGUCCGUCCGUCCGUCCGUCCGUCCUCAAAACCGCGAGGCCGUACUGUGCCCCCCCCCCGUGUUUAUUUAUUUCGAAUACAGCAAUUUGAACUUCAAAUCAGAAGUCAUUGCAACCAAAUAUAAAAAAAACAACAACAACUAUUGUUCAAUUGAAGAAGGGAUUUAUUUAUUCAAAAAUACACAGAAACGGGGAUUGGAGUCGUUGCGAGUUGAACUUGAGCGGAUUGGAGUCCCAGUUUUGGCGACUUGACCAAAAUGAAAAGAAAUAUUUCAGCCUCGGGACGUGACGAGGCCUCAAACAAACAUGCGGCUGAAAUCAAUUAGCGAUGAUAUCGUUUUCAAAAUGGAUGGAGAGCAGAAGCUACAUUGAGAACAAUGACUUGGGACUUGCUUGAGACUUUACAGUUCAAACUUGAGACUUGAUGACCAUCGCUGAAUGAAAAAGCGAAGAAUUGUGUUUUUUCAUUCUGUGUCCAAAUGAAAAGUUGGGAUCCAAAAAGAAGACGAUAAUGGCAAAACAGGAACUAAACGUCUUCUCAUGUUGUAUCAUUCCUUUCAAACUCAGUCAACCAAACUGACGAUUUGGGAUGCGCUCUCGUCCAACGAUUCUCAGUGUGGCACGCGAGCUCCCUCUAGUGGGAAGUGAAAAAUGACUGAAUUCGAAUCAACCAUGUACAUUAUUUUUUUACUUUUCAAGUACAGCACAGUUGUAUUUAACCUGAGUGCAAUACAUUUGCAUUUCAUCUUGAAACUGUUUUUGGGGGUGAGAAUGAAUAUUUUAACCAUUUUGUGUUAGAUAGUGUUGAAGUACUGUGAGAGAAGAACUAUAAAUGUUACACCAAUUUAGGAGUGCUCUUUCAUGUGGGACUUUUGUACACAAUUAUUUUCAUUAUAACACAGUACUUGGUGUGUCUAACUUGAUGUUAUGAUAAGUGUAUCAAAGCACAACAUGAAUAACCAGUUGAUUGUUUUCAAAUAAAAAGUUAAUAACCCAAAAAAUAUUUUUGGGAAUAAUUCAAGUACAA